UUAAAUGCUGUCAUUGCUCUAGGUGGCAUUCUUCCUCCAGAAGAAGUGAAGGAGAGAUUUGACAGCAACUGUAUCACCCCAGGAACUGAGUUUAUGGACAACCUUGCCAAAUGUCUGCGCUACUACAUCGCUGACCGCUUGAACAGUGACCCGGGGUGGAAGAAUUUGACAGUUAUUUUAUCUGAUGCUAGUGCUCCUGGUGAAGGUGAACAUAAAAUCAUGGAUUACAUUAGAAGACAAAGAGCUCAACCAAACCAUGACCCAAACACUCAUCACUGUCUGUGUGGGGCUGAUGCUGAUCUGAUUAUGCUUGGGUUAGCCACACAUGAACCCAACUUCACCAUAAUUAGGGAAGAGUUUAAACCAAAUAAGCCCAAGCCCUGUGCUCUUUGUAACCAGAUGGGACACGAGGUUAAGGAUUGCCAGGGUUUGCCCAGGGAGAAACAAGGCAAGCAUGACCAGUUUGCAGACAGUCUCCCUGUUGCUGAGCAGGAGUUUAUCUUCAUCCGAUUAUGUGUUCUGCGAGAGUAUUUGGAGAGAGAACUCACUAUGGCCAGUUUGCCCUUCACUUUUGAUUUUGAAAGAAGUGUUGACGACUGGGUCUUCAUGUGCUUCUUUGUGGGAAAUGACUUUCUUCCUCAUUUGCCAUCUUUGGAGAUCAGGGAGGGAGCAAUUGAUCGCUUGGUUAACAUAUACAAAAACGUGGUGCACAAAACCGGGGGUUACCUCACAGAAAGUGGUUUUGUCAACCUGCAGCGGGUCCAGAUGAUCAUGUUAGCUGUGGGAGAGGUUGAAGACAGUAUUUUCAAAAAGAGAAAAGAUGAUGAUGAUAACUUUAAAAGGCGGCAAAAAGAAAAAAGAAAAAGGAUGAAGAGGGAUCAGCCUUCUUUUAUCCCCGGUGGACAGUUUUCCCCUCAAGCUCUGGGAAAUCGAUCUAGUCCUCAGGCAAUCAGUAACCCCAGACAAGCUGCCUUUGAGAUGAGAAUGCAUGACAGACAGAGCUCGACAACUUCAUCAUCUCCAAACACCAGCCUCAAUUCCGACAGCAGCCCCUCCCCGGCAGGCGGAAUUAAGCGAAAAGCUGAGGACAGUGACAGUGAACCUGAGCCAGAGGAUAAUAUCAGGCUGUGGGAGACGGGCUGGAAACAGCGCUACUACAAAAACAAAUUUGAUGUUGAUGCCUCUGAUGAGAAAUUCCGUCGUAAAGUUGUGCAGUCCUACGUGGAAGGGCUUUGCUGGGUCCUCAGAUACUAUUAUCAGGGCUGUGCCUCCUGGAACUGGUACUACCCCUUCCACUACGCUCCCUUCGCUUCUGACUUCGAGGGCAUUGCAGACAUGCCUUCAGACUUUGAGAAGGGCUCCAGGCCGUUUAAGCCUCUUGAGCAGCUUAUGGGAGUGUUUCCAGCAGCGAGUGGGAACUUUCUGCCGCCCACGUGGAGGAAGCUGAUGACAGACCCGGAAUCAAGCAUAAUAGACUUCUACCCUGAAGAUUUUGCUAUUGAUUUAAAUGGGAAGAAAUACGCUUGGCAAGGUGUUGCAUUACUGCCAUUUGUUGAUGAGCGACGCCUCAGAGCUGCCCUGGAAGAAGUCUACCCUGACCUCACUCCUGAAGAAAGCAGAAGGAACAGCCUUGGUGGUGAUGUUCUCUUUGUUGGAAAACACCAUCCCCUCUGUGACUUCAUUGUAGAACAGUACAAGACCAAAAACACAGAGCCAGUGGACAUGCCCCCUGAGCUGUGCCACGGGAUCCAGGGCAAGCUGACGCUGAAUGACAACGCUGUUCUUCCAGACCAGGCAGUGGAGUCUCCUGUUCCAAUGCUGCGUGACCUCAUCCAAAAUUCUGCAGUCAGUAUCUCUUUCAAAGACCCACAGUUUGCUGAAGACUUUGUUUUCAAGGCUGUAGUGCUACCUGGUGCAAAGAAACCAGCUCCAGUUCUGAAGCCAGGAGACUGGGAGAAAACCAACAACGAUGGGAGGCCGUGGAGGCCACAGCUGGGAUUUAACCGAGACAGGAAACCCGUCCACUUGGACCAGUCAGCCUUCAGGACUCUGGGCCACACGAUGCCAAGGGAGAGGGGGAUGCCAGGGAUGUACCCCAACGCCGUGCCCCUGGGCGCCUACGCCAGCCCCUACGCCAGGCCCCUGCUGGGCAGCCAGCAGCAGAUCCCAAAGCUCCUGUCAAAUCUCAGACCCCAGGAGUCUUGGCGAGGUCCUACACCAUUGUUUCAACAAACCCCACAGAGGUAA